UUCUCGCGCAGACCGUGAUUGCGGUUCAUAUAACAGAUCCAACAUCUUCCUUCUUCCGUGUUACGACAGGCUAGGACCAUGGCUGGCCCAUCUCGCCCCGAGCUGGUCUUUGAACGGAUGGAUAUUAAAAUUGAAACAUCCUCAAGCCCACCGACAACCAAGGCCACUAUGAGCAAGGAUACGGCCGCAGUCGAGAAGAAGGAUCUCAAGCCGGUUAAAACCAAGAUGCGCAUCAAAAAGACUGACGUCCGCCAGUGCCGGUUGUGUUUGAGGGUUGUCCCACGGGAUGAUGUCCAGGAUACUAGAACCAACGAGUCGGACAUCCGCCAGAAGAUCCUGGACGCCGUUGGGGUCAGGAUUAACGCCAACGACAAGGUGAGAUCGGUAUGCAUCAACUGUCAGCUGGUGGUGGAUAUGAUCAACGAGUUCCGGAUGACCUGUCGGAAGGCCGAUUUGCUACACAGUACGAAACUGUUGAUGAUGCAUCCGGGAAGUUGGUUGAGCGAAGAGAACAAAGGCACGUUGCAGGUGUGUCAUAAGUUGAUUAAACGGAACCGAGCUGAGAUGGAUGGGUUGUUCAAGUGCUCCCGGGUUGGAGAUGGAGAUAUUCGGUUACUGUCGAAAGGGAAAGAGAAGGAAGUGGUGCUGGAAGAGAUGCAGCAUACGGAAGUAAAGGUAGAAAAGAUGAACGAUAAUGAACAGGGAACAAGCGAUCAAUGCGGGAUAAAUCUAAGGCAAUCGCAGCGAAGGAUUAUGUGCGAUAUAUGCGGAAUGUUGAUUCGAAAAUGUAAUGUAGAAAACCACCUGAACAUACACUUGGGCAUCAAACCGUACCGGUGCUCCCAAGAGGGAUGUGAGACAAUGUUCUACAGCAAAAUUAAUAUGAAUCAGCAUGUAGCAUUGGUGCAUCAUAAGGAUCGCCAGCGGCACGAGUGCAAAUUAUGCCACCGGAUGAUCAAGGGCAGAGUGGGUCUCCAAGCCCACAUAAGAGCGCAACAUUCCAACAAGGCUAAACACCCACUCAAGACCGAAUGCAGCAUUUGCGGGAAGAUGUACUACAAGAUGUAUAUAAAGGAUCACAUGGCCACACAUACGGGAGAUCUUCCCUACGAGUGCGAAUUUUGCGACAGGAAGUUUGCUGCCAAUAACAACUGGUUAUUCCACAGGAAAAAGUACCAUCAGGAUGAGCUGAACGCACAAUAUUCGGCAGAUAAUACGUCAGAACAUAAAAGACCUUUACAAUAGACUGUUAAAUAAGUUCAACAUCUGAUUAGUUAAUUUACCACACAGAAUAUUUAAUCCACAAAAUUACA